AUGACCGCGAAUACGAGCGGAAUAUGUCAAGCAUUGAACAUUGCCGAUGAAUCCCACUGCACGGAGCGGGCCACCAAUUCCAGUGGCUUUUUUUGUCGUUACCAUGCAAGACAGGUUCAAGGUCUGUAUAGCGGGUACAAGAAGAGAAAUGCCCGACUGGAUGCACUCGAGGCUGCUCCACCUGCGUAUCUGGCCUCUUCAAAGCGAACACUCCGCAACGAGGACUUUUCCGACGUUGAAGACGCCAACGAGCUGAGAGAGCUCGAGGAUUGGCUUUACGAGAGGUAUCGACUGAUCGACCGAGUCAUAUUGGCUCGGAAGAAGCAUCACACCCAUUUCUACGCCGAAAACUUGGACUAUGGGCACAAGUCGUACUUGGACAAGUUGGUCAAUGACAAGAACGUCGUCCUACUCGCAUUGAACAGACUUCGCCGUAGAUCGACGCACGUAAACCACAAGCAGAAGAAGUGGUUCGCAUUUGUACGAGAAUGCCAGGAGGAAGAGGACCUCAACCAGGAGAAAGAGGUUGUCAAGGUCAAGAAAGAGGCACAACUUUUCAGGCGCUACAGGAACGAGAUGGAAGCUAGGAUGCAACGCAAGCAGCGUCGAGAGGACAAGAAGAGACAGGAAGCUUUCCUCAACGAAGCGUACGAAGAACGCUUGCAAUACGACGAGGAAAGCAGCGAAGAAUGGGAUCCCAUCGAGACCAUCAUCAAAGGGGAAAGAGACGAUCUGGUCGACCUCAUGCACAGACUUUUGUGGCUUGAGAGGUCUCAAAAGGCAGAUGAGCCCGAGCCUCAGGAGCAGGCCAACGAUUCGUCGUCACACAACAUUGCUACGCCCAGCUCACGCCACGAGGAUCAAGAAUCCCCAACGACAAACAUGGAAAACGUGGAUCCCGCUCCUACAACCAACAGCCAAGGUACCAAGGCUCUCUCCAAGAAUGCCAGAAAGCGUGCCAAGGCGAAAGCGAAAGCGAAAGGUGCUGGCGACACGUCCCGAGAUGACGCCAAGAACAACGUCGCAGACGACGGAGGGCCGAAGAUUGAGGUCAACGAGACUCGCGAGGAAAUGCGCCAGCGUCUGGUCAAAGGCUUGAGCGCCAAAGAACACGGAGGACGCGCCUUUUACGACAUGGACGAUCGGGUGGGAGUGCCAUUUGACAUCCCYGGCAUCCCAGAGUCAGAAGUUGACCAUCUUCUUGAUGAAGUGGCGGAAAUCAAGGAGCUUUUGCUGUGCCGCCUGAUUCUGUCCCAAUCGAACCUGCUACCCAUUGGGCUCCGAGCAUGCAAUCUCACAGAGUUCUUCGCGGACCCAGAGCUGAAUCUUUCAGAUCUGCGAGACCUUUGCCUCAGAUACGAGCAGCCAAAGUUGCAGGAAAUACGCGAUGCCUGCGCCGACUUCGUCCGCGGUGAUGGCGAAGCCUCCGACGACGAGGACGAAGACGAAGACGAUGAACAGACCGCACAUGAGCUUGCCGUUCAAGACAAAUACCAAAAGGACGCCUGGAGAAGGAGACGCCUAGAAAUGCGGCACGGUACAAAGCAUGAGCAGAACGUCGAGAAGAAGUCCGCACAGCGUCGACAGCUCGCUCAACAAGGCUUUGAAAAGGUUAUAGUCGACUUCGGCGACAUCGACAAGGAUGGCGAGUUCCGCCAGCGAAAAAUAAGAGUGCGCGUUUGCGGUAAGAGCAUCUGGAAUUACCCGAGCGAGAAAGUCCUUGCUCGAGGUGGAUGGUACCACUUUUCCGUCAUAGCCAAAAACUGCCGCUUUGAGCAUGCCGUCGAGCUUUGUCGGCACUGGAACGAGUUCUGGGAGCUAAGCAAUCUGGUCAUAUUCAACUACUUCUCAUCUACUACUUGGGUGGCGCAAUGGUCAGGACAACCAACCCGAACUCAGCAGCUCCAGCUUGGCAUAAUCUCUUACCUGGACUUCAACAAAGCAGACCAGUUGACACUGAAACGGCAACCAGGCCGCAGGGGCUUUGGAGGCGUAGCGCAGCCUGCCAUACAGUUCAAAAACGUGACUGGCUUCUGCAUCAAACGCAACGAUCCCAUCUCACGGCGAUUUGACCAAUAUCUCUCGAUGCAGACCCGAUAUGUCUGCUUGAUGGUUCGCGAUGCCAAGACCGGCAAGACCUUGGUCAAACCGCCCGAAGAGCACACAUGGCUCAUGCGUGUACAAGGUGGCCUUGGUAGGGACGACUGGGUGGAAAAACUGCACGUUGGCGACGACGAGCUGUACGGCCUUCUCGAGGACCGUCGAUCCGAAUCUUGGAAAUUUGGAUUCAACGAUUAUUAUGACGUUACCGUCUGGGACCUGCUCCCCGGCGAGCAUUGCAACAAUAUCUGGUCAACUGUUCACGAGGCCAUGAGGAAAGCUCGCAGGAUCUGCGAUUCAAUGGGUUUUUACGAUUCGGUUGCCCCUAUCAUGAAGACACUUCAUCGCGAGGUCAAAGAGAGCAAAGAACAAAUCGGCAGGGUGCGUGACGCUCGGCCCGGUGAAAUCACGCUCUACGAUGAAGUGUCUGGUAGUGAUGGCAUGCACAUCUACCGGGAUGUUGAUCCACUCACUGGCGAAUUUGGCGAGACGCACUACGAACAGCCGGCGAAUUACUUCUACAACGACGUUGAUGCUGCGGAAGAUCUCAUCCUAUUCCCUGAUGAAGCAGCUGGUGUGUCGAAAAAGGCCAUCACCGGAUCUUUUGCAGGGGAUCUCGCAUUCCCCGAACUUGUGCUGCCGAACAUGAAGCGCUUCGUUUUGGAUCUCGACAGUGACGAGGACGAACAAGACAUGGACGACCCAUUUGCAGAUCUGCUCGAUAAACGGGCCAUCGAAUCCCAGCCAGCUGCCCUAAAGCAAAUCACUGCGGAAGGGGACUGGGAGACCGAGGAUUGCGAUAAGGACUGGCCGAUGCCACCAAAAGACGUGCCCUUGUGUCCGAAUCCAAACGCUAGGGACUGCCACUGCCCAGAGUGUCAAUGGUGGGAGCAAAAUGAUCCGGUGCUUCUUCCCAGCCUCGAAGACGGCAUAAAGCGUGACGGCCAUGCACCAAUCACCCCGUUGGAUGUGAAAGCUUCGAUAAAAGAUCACAACGAGGCGGGCCGCCUUAUAAGCUUCAUCUUUGACGAACCGAGUGGUGAUGAGGAUCAGACCAGAGAUACUGAAYCGGACUUUACGGUGUUCAUGGAUCGAGAGAAAUCCAAAUUCUUCAAAAAGAUGUGGCAUACUGCUGAGUUCAAUGACGAGUUACGAGCACGCUGGUCCGAGAUGCAAGAGCUGGUCAAAGAACGCAGAGUGUCAGUCAAUCAGGACAUUCCCUCGAUUAUCGAUGCCUUGCACAUUCUCAUGUGGCUCGGCGUGCGUCCGGAAGAACACAGACGGGUAUUGGACGACAUGUGGGACGCCAAGGCCGCCAUGACGUUCUUCUUCAAACGUGAAUCCGGAGACGCCCAGCACCUCUUGAUUGAUUCGAAUGAGUCUGCUAACAAGGAAAGACUGACGCUAAGCGACAAUGUUGGAAGAGCCAAGUCGAUGGAACCUCACGCAAGGUCACCGAGUAGCAACAAGACACGAACCAAAGACUUCUGGGAGGGACUUGAUCUUGUGCGCAAGACCGCGAAGAAUGGCGUUUUACGUGCAUGGGAUGUGCACUGCCGCCCACAAGUCGCACAAUUGGCUAGAGCUGGGAUUGUCAAACCCGGCUAUUAUCCAAAUCCGUKCGGCAGGGCCACCGCUACCGCUGAGACCGGACUCUUUCCGCACUUGACAUUGGAUUACCGUGCUAUCAAGGAAUACUGGCCCGAGAACUUGGACAACCUCCGUGAUCCCAGCAAGAUACACUUGUUACCCAGAGCGCAGGCCUUUGCACAGAAGCAUGACAAUGCGCGCUUCUCUCUUCUGAGGAUCUGGUCGCACCCCGUGUUUUACCCUUUGACGCUUGGCCAGGAAAGCAGAGAAGACACAUGUUUUCAGGACACCGUCGGAAGAUGCUGGGAGUGGAACUUCCUACCUAAAGACAUGCCGACAUCUGAAAUCAGCAUGCAGAAAAGCGUGGAGGAUCGCCUGUAUGGUGCUGCGCUGCCAAAGCUCGGAACGGGUCCUCGGGGACAACCUAUGAUCCUGCCGCCAAGCAGAGCAGCUCCACGCUUCCGCCAACAUUUCAGGAGCAAGACGGAGGUGAAGAGGGAUAUGGUUUUGGUGAUGGGCGAGGAUGAAGAGGAUCUGGAACGGCUGACUACUGCUGCCACGUUCGCGCUGCAGACGAAUCCCUGGAGGCUAGAGAUUGAUUUCUUCAAGAGUUUUGUCAAUGUGGAUCUGGCAUUUUUGGAUGGUCUGGAUAAGAAGUGGCUGGAUUAG